GCCACUGUCCAUUUCGUUCUCGUAGCUGAAUUAAAACCACUGAAUCCACUAAAAAGCCAUGAUGAUGCGUAAGCCCAGGGAGUACUCUGACUCAGGUGAGCAAAUCUUCCCUCACACGUACACUUGCCGACCUGUGUUGUGUGUGCCAGAGAGUGGCUCAGGUGUUGCUCACAGGAAGGUGUCGGUGGACCUGGGUCAUCCGUGCAACGCUCUCUGUCUCAACAGAGACUCCUCCCUUCUUGCAGUCGUGGGCAGGAAAGUGUUCAAGAUACUGAGACUGGGUCUGGAUCAGAUUGAGGCUCAGAAUGACCUCAGAGACCUCCCCCACAAGGCCCUCAACCUCAACUACAGCAGCAACGACGUGCAGUGGAACCCCAAGGAUGAUGCCCAGCUGGCGUCGGCUCCCACCAAUGGCAGUGUGGUACUGUGGGACCUCAACAUGAGAACCAAGAACAAACUCUUUCAUGUAUUUGAGAAUGAGCAUUCCCGGGCAGUCAACAAGCUCAGUUUCCACCCGAGGGAGCCCAAUGUCCUCCUCAGUGGCUCCCAAGACUCCACCAUGAAGACAUUUGACACAAGAGCCAAGAAGUCAGUACAGACGUACAGGGCAGCUGACUGUGUUAGAGAUGUGGAGUUUGCUCCUCAGUUUCACGAAAACUACUUUGCUGCCUGUUUUGACAGUGGGUCUCUCCAGAUAUGGGACCGGAGAUUCCCAGACUCGUCCAUCAGAGCCCAGUCGUGUCACAGUGGACCAGCCUAUUGCUGUAGCUGGCAUCCUGACCACGAGCAGUGGAUUAUGUCGGCUGGCAGGGACAAGAUGAUUAAGGUCCAUGACAUUCAGCUGGGCAAACUGCGAGAGGUCUACAUUGUCCCUGCUCUGUUCUCUGUGGUGAGGGCCAAGUGGAGACUUGGUCACAAACAUCAUGUCACCAGCUGCUCACUGUUUCUGGACAAUGUGGUGGCAGUGUGGGACGUGAGGCGACCCUACAUUCCCUUUGCCUCUUUCACAGAACAUAGCGACGACGUCACUGACUUCCUGUGGCUGAAUGAGAACGUCCUGAUCUCCUGUUCCAAGGAUGGGAAACUAGUGCAGCAGCUGAUGACCAAGGCUCAGAGACCAUCCGAGAAGGCUACUCCUGUGGGUCUCUCAUUCUGUCCUGAUGGAGGAGUAGCUCUUGCUUGCAGUGAUUCUAUCGGCUACCGCAACAAAGCUACCCAGAGUUCCAUGCAGUAUGGUACAAGUCGUAACCCGAUGAUGUUCCGGAGACCAGAGGUGGAUCCCUACCAGCAGGCCUUCCUCCAGCAUACCUCCUCCCUCAAGGAACACAAAGACACCAAGAACAACCCUGAAUUGAGGGCCUUUGUGCAGUGUGCCACAGACUACCUACUCAGCGGGAGACCACUACACGAGCUGUGCGACCACAACUAUAAGGUGGCCAGUGGACAGGGUCGACAUGACGUGGCCAGUCAUGGCUGAUGCUAAAGCUCCUCUACUGUGGGGAGGACACAGAGUGCUCGCGACUUGGACUCAUCCCCACUUCUCUCACCUCCUCACGCAUCCCUACCCUACCCUCCUCCACUCCGCCAUGUAUCACAGUGGAGGAGGCUGGUGUCCGUAGUCCCAGUGAGGAGUCGGGUCUGUUCAUGCAGCCACCCAGAGACCGCACUGCUUCCUUUGAAUCUGGCCAUGAAGACAACGAGGUCGAUGGAGAAGAUGGAAACCCUGCCAUGAUUGCUGUGAUGGAUUUCUUUGAGGAUGACCAGGCCUCUGAUCAAGGACCUACUGAGAGUAUUGUCAUACCACCUUCCAGCCACUCCUGGGAGACAGCUCAGUUGCCUCCGGAGCCAUUUCGACUGAAGCACAAUAUUGUCAUGAGACCUCCAAGUCCAGAGCACGAUGCCUCCUCUGCCAUUUCAACAGCAGCACAAAGUGUGGUGGAGUCUAACUCGUCCUCCAAGCAGCCAUUACAAGACUCCCGAGCCCUCAGGAGAAAGAGCUCUGGAGUUAUAGCUGAAGCCAGCCACUGGAACUACCAGGAGGUAGUGGCACAGAUGUUGAAGUACUAUGCAGAGCUGGGAGACGUCCAGAUGAGUGUUACUGUACUGCUUGUUCUGGGGACAGGGCCAGUCAAUUAGUGGACGAGCUCAGCAUGGAGCACUGGUUCUCCUCAUACAUUGAUUUGCUGAGUCGGCAGCGGCUGUGGUGUGUAGCCGCGGAGAUCAUUAGAGAAUGUCCACUGGAGAGCGUUAGGAAGAGGAGUCAGGAGUCCACCAUGUACUACACCACCUGCGGCCACUGCAACAAGAGCAUGGAGAGUGGAGGAUGGCAGUGCCAUAGAUGUGACAAGCUCACCAGCUGGUGCUCUGUCUGCCAUCGGACAGUGCGAGGUCUGUUUGUGUGGUGCCAGGGCUGCGGUCAUGGAGGCCACCUCCUCCAUAUGAAGGACUGGUACUCUGCCCACUCCUCGUGCCCGGCAGGCUGUGGCCACAACUGUAUGGCCAGCAAACGCCUCUCCAGCUAGCACCAAAAAUCCCACGGGAUUUCGUGUUGUCGUUUUUUUAUUUUUGUCUUCUCUUUGUUGUUCUGUGUGUUUGAUGCUCGUGAAUGUUAUCAAUCAUGGUAUUUU